ACCUUAAAAUGUAGUUGUUGCUGCAUUUAACAGUAAUGGCGCCUUCCUGUAAAACAACGAAGUAGUUGCAGUAUGAGUACCUCGCGAAGAUUUGAAGUACAAAAGAAAAAACUUGCAGUAAGAAGACUUUCACAAGGUGCAAGAGCAAACCUGCCAAGUCCUCAAGGAGAUGGAAGAUUCAAGUUUAAAACUAGGCCUAGCCCUGUUGAAUAUGGAGACAGGAAGAGGAGGUUUCCAUCCAAGUUAGGAGCAACAAUAGCUGAUGGUUCAAGGAAGUGGGUUAGAGAAGACUUGCGGAAUAAACUAUCAACCAAAAGCCAGGGACAGGGAAAGGAAAUUCCACCUCUGCUUCAGGGUAAUGAGAAUCAACUCCCAAUGAAUUUACCUGGAAAGUCUGCAGCCCCUGUGUUUUCCAAACCUCAGGCAUCGAAUUUCCGUAGCCAGCCCCAAGUUGGUAAUCCCUUCAAUCCAUUUGCUGUUGCUCUGCAGACUGGUAAGGCAUCGUCUGGUCCGGUGUUUCCAAAUGCAGCAGAAAGCCUUCCCCUAAAUGUAGAGAAGAAAUCUACCCUUGAAGAUGCUGUAAUUGAGUUUACAGGAAAGGAAGACAAAAUUAAGUUCCCAACUCCUCAGAUGCCCAAAGAAGCUUUGCUUGGAAUAACAAGAAGCAACGAAAAUACAUUUUCAAGGCCACAGAAAGUCACAUUUUCUUCCCCCUUAAAACAGGAGACCACCUUAAAGCUGCCAAUGCAAGCCCUUGUGACUAAACCACUUGCUGUUUCUGCAGCGCCUCUACAGAGCAGUAACCCCUUCGCUGCUGCUCUGCAAGGAUUUCCCAAGACAAACACUGUGGAAUCCAAUAUUUUUCGUCCUAUCUUUCAAAGAGAACCUAAGCUUGAUGGUGAAAAUGCUGGACCUGCAUUGGCGCUGCCUACACAGGCAUUGGCGCUGCCUACACCAGCAUUGGCACUGUCUACAGCACCGCCUAUGCCAUCUAGCAAUUCAUCAGUUUUUUCACGAGAUGCUUCUCUUAUCACGGAAUUAACCUCCCUGAAGUUGAUGGGCGUCCCUAGUCAACUCAACAACAGAGAUUUUCUAAGGAGAUAUUACUCAAAAUUCGGAGAGCUGAAAAGAGUUCAUAGCAAUCCUGCAGCAAUGUCAGCAAUUGUAACCUUCUUAAAGCAUGAUGAUGCUGCUAAUGCGAAGAGAAAUGGCACUAUACUUCAAGCCGGCACAGAACCUCUGAACAUUUUCUGGUGUAAAUCGAAGACUGUGAAGCCGAAAACCCCCACUGAAGCAAAGUCGUCAUCUGAAACAUCCGAUUUGGUUAAGGACAUAAAACCAAUUGAAGUUAAGGCAAACAACACAAGGACGGUGGGAUUGUUGGAACAACGCAAGGAUGCAUUCAUCAAAAUGAUUUCUGAUUUUGUGAGCAGCCUGAAGAUGCAAGCAGCUAGAGAUGCAAACGAAAGAGCAGAAUUGUUAGAAAAGAUCGAUCAGAAAAUCAGAGAAGGAAUGAAAAAAGAAACGGACAUAACAAAAGCAUCGAAAGUUGUUGGAACAUGUCCAGAUAUGUGCCCAGAGAAGGAGAGGUAUUUGAGGGAGCAUCGCCAAAGGCUUGCAAUUUAUGAGAUUAAAACUGGCAUCGAAUCAUCUGAAACUAUGAGUGGCCAAUCUCUUUUGGCUGAUCUUUCGAAAACGAUCAAGGAGUACAGCAGAUCAUCAGCUGAUCAGGAAGAGCCACUUCCUCACGAGUUAAGAGCUGGUCACGUGCUACAGCUUUCAAUGAACUACUUGAUGUUGAAUGUCAUGGAUGCUGGCGAUAAAAACAUCGCUGACUGGUACGAUUUCGUAUGGAAUAGAACUCGAGCAAUUAGAAAGGACAUCACUCAGCAGCAUUUCUGUGAUGAAAGUAGCGUCGAUUUGAUAGAGAAAUGUGCAAGGUUUCAUAUAUUCUGCUCACACUAUUUAUGCGAAGAGGACAUCAAUGUAUUUGAUCCGAAGAUCAACAACGAAAACCUGACCAAGUGUCUCCAAAGCUUAAAACAUAUGUAUGAAGAUCUAUAUACUGAAAAGGGUAUAACCUGUUUAUAUGAAGCAGAAUUUAGAUGCUACCAAAUUCUUCUUAAUCUAAACAAUGGCGACAUUUUAAGAGAGGUUACAGAGUUUCGACCAGAGGUUCGAGAAUCCGAAGAUGUUAAAUUUGCUAUUGAAGUUUUCAAGGCAUUGAACAGCACGAAUUACGUGCGAUUUUUUAAGCUGCUAAACAAAGGGUCAUAUCUGGCAGCUUGUAUCAUGCAAAGAUAUUUCAACCAGAUUCGUUCGAAGGGGCUUUUUAUCAUGAACAAAGCCUAUAGCAACAUCAACAAGCCGGCAUCAAUGCCUUUGAUUGAAAUUGCAAGACUCUUUGCCAUUGAUGAAGAAGACGAGGCCUCCGAAUUUUGUGAACAUUAUGGCUUUCAGCUGGACGAAGGGCUAAUCUUCUUCAGUAAGUCUUCAUAUGAAGAGCCAGAUUCCAGCUUUCCACCUGUGAGAAAUGGAUUCAUUGACAGGAAAAGGAAAUGCUCUUUUGGAGAGAUCGUAAAUGGAAGGCCACUACCGGCAAAUUUAGAUUACUCUCCAACCAACAGUUUUGAUGAAAAUGGCAUUUACAACGGAACCUACCACAAACAUGCAAUCGAAGGGAUUUACAAAAGUAGAGAAAAGACUGAAGAUGUUAGAAAAGAUGUCAACACAGAGGAAGAGGCUAUUAUUGACAGUGUUAUUGAUGACGAAGAUGUGCAAGAAAUAUGUGUUGGUAUUUUAGGCCCACUUGUCAACCAAGAGGUACUAAUGGUUUGUACACAUACUAUGAAUGACGUAAAGGAAGCUGUCAAAACUGCAUGUGAAACCACUGUUGAUGUAAUUAAUACUACAAUUAGGGAGGAACUGAAGACAUUGAUAGAGAAUGGCUUGCGAGAACACCAAUGUGAUACAUUAUCUGCCAGUAUUUAUGAUGACAUAUUUAGAAGUGUUGCAGGGAAACAGAUUAAAGAAAUUGUGGAAGAAGAGCUUUUGAUUCAGAAACGUAAAGCGGAGCAUGAAAAGCGCAUGAAAAUUGUUCACACCGCGACUGAAAUAUCGCAAAACUUUUUAUGGGGAGUUAUAGAGAGAGAUCUAACAGAGAUUGCAGCUGCAGCUAUAAGAUUCGAGCGACAGGAAAGAAUUGAUAAGAUAGUCGCAGAAGAGAGUGCAGAAUACAGUCGAGAAAUUUUUAAUAAUGUUUUAGUGAAAGAAACUGCAAGUGUUUGCCGAGAAAGUUUGUUAUUUGAAGUCAGCCUCAGGAAACAGAAUUUAGAAGCCAUCAAGCAAAAGGUUUUGACCUUAAAAAGCAGAAGAAUUUUUCAAAAGUGGAAACAAAUGAGAGCUACUCGAAAGCGUAUUUGGGAAACGCUGAAUGAUUUUCCAGCUUGUUACCCUUUAAAGAUAUCUUCUGAAGUGAUUCGCUCAUUGACACGAAAUGCGGCUCAUGCGUCAAACCUCCCAAAUUACGUCACACUUGAUAGCGACGUUGAGCUUGCGAUAUCUUCCGUCAGCAAUCUCGCAAGGAAACGAGACAGGCAUAGAGAUGCUGUAAAAAGAUUGCACCAGCAGCUAAUGACUGACAGGAAGGAAUUGACACGGCCUCUUUCUCCUCUACCUGUUCUUGAUUCCAUGUUUAAAUCGUUGAGUGGAUUUCGCAAACAUUUCUUCUUUAAACUCCUUGUGAGCGUGCCAGAUCAUGCAAAGUCUUCGGAGUGCAGUGGACUGAAUGCCGAGAUCUUGAAGGAAAAACUCAGGAUGAGGGAAGAUAAUGGUCCUAGUGCCAAUGAUCAUGGUUCAUGUGUUGAUGAUCUGUGUGAAAUUUCUGAUACAACUCCAAAUGGACCCGUAUCAAUAAGCAUUAAGGCUCUAUCAGCUUCGUUUAGAAAAGAUCACAAGAAAUUGAAAGAAACCAGAGAACUCUCUGGUGUUAAUGGUAUUCUAUUCAUUAUCGAUUUUGCUGAACCUCAGACUUUUGAUAUUCAUCAUGCAAGAUUGCAAGAUGUUGUAUCACUCACUGCAGCCGUGCCACCAUACCCACUCCUGUUAAUCGGGGUAAAUUGCCCUUCCACCUGUCACAAAGACGAAAUCAUUGCUCGGUUGAAACUGACAGGGUUGAAGAAUGAUGGGCACAUAUCGGAGUUUCGAAUUUUGCUUCUUGAUCCUGAUGUCGAUGGGACCAAACUGAAUAAAGAAUUAACUGAUCAUUUGGUAAAUCUGGUUUCAAAAAUUCCUGAUUUUCCUAAAGUGCAGACGACUACACUCCGGAAUCUUAUUGAAAAUGCCACGCAGUGCUACUUUUAUGAGAACAUUUAUGAAGACAGAAGCAGACGGAUCAAUGCUGAAAUGCCUCCGAUUGAUGCUAGGCCUGUGGCUGAUCUUUACAACAGUAUUCUUGAUCAUGUACAAACCAUUUGUACCUCUGAAGAACUGAUGAAACUUUGUUGGCCAUCAAAGGAAAUGAUUGCCUGGGGAUUGAAGGAUGCCCCAGAUUUGCACUGGAAUGAUGAACAUAGCUUCACUCAAAUAAGAUGUUUCUUGGAUGGCUUAAAACUUCCAAGACUCGACCACAGUGUUGACGCUGAUGGCGAUUGGCAUGAACAGCAGCAACUUUGCUUGAAGUACCUUUAUGAAAUUCUGAAACCAGGAAAGCUGGAUAUACACCCGUCUGAGCUCAUUAGCAGAGUGGAAGGCGUAAUUAACAAAUACCUCCACAAAUGGAAAUAUCGCGCUUAUACAACUGAUUUUCCAUGGCCUUUAGUACUGGAAGAAUGUGUCAGUGUCAUCUUGGGCUCCAUUCAUAAACAUCAGUCCAAUUCUGACGCCGCAAGGAAAGUGUGCUUCUUCAAAUCCGAGUUUCUCAGAUUCAAGCUACCAGCUUCGUGGAAAGAUAACAUCAUUCGUCUAAGUAGAGACUCGCUUUCAGAAAGUUCAGCAUCAGAAUAUGGUCAAGGAUCACAAAUCGCCAAGACAUCUUCAAGAAACGGGUCUAUACAAAGAUCGAUAGCCGAAGUCGAAAACAGUCUUUCUAUAAUUGAGCAGUCAAUGACAUUAUCAAGCAACACCCUUAAUUUGUCUGGCUCGCAUUCGCCAUUAGAUGAAUUGUUACGUAAGCAGAAACUAUUAGAUCAAUCAUUGUCAGCCGAGAGACAUGCCUUGUCAAGAUUUUCAGAAACAUACAAGAACGAAUUAGCCAGUCUAUCACUAAGCCCCACAGCAGCUGUAUGUGGCACCAAAAGAAAGUGGGGCGCAGAUUAUACCGGAAAAGACACAAAGGAUGUCGACAUUUCUAAUCAGUCAGAAAUCGACGAUAUAUGUGACAAAACAAAAAGACCAAAAAAAUUGCUUGAGGCAAAGAUAGAUGACCUUUUAUCGGAGAUUCAGUCGAUGAGGUCAAGAUUCAAACUUGAUGAACAAAGAUAUCGUGACGUAAUAGGCACAUAGAUCACGCGAAUUCAUACACCGCAAUGAGUUAUGGUAUUGAAAGAAAUGUCAUGUCACGUGAUUUCGACUUUCGCGUCAGUGAACAGAACUCCAAGAAGCGUCAAAAUCCAAGAAACGAGUGGGGAUUUAGUAUUUUGUAAUAGCCAAUAGUCAUUUUGUAAUACUUUAUGUAAAAGUGAUUGUUAAAGUUAGAAAAAACUGUUAUGUUAUUUUCCACAAGAAGUGUUUUGUAUUAAG